UUGUCCAAACAGCACCAGAACAAGUUUCACAUAGUUCUACAAUUCAAGACAAAUUGUCCAACAAUUAGUUCUUCUUCUUCUCAAAAACACACAGAAACAUCUGAAACAGUUGUCCAAACAGCACCAGAACAAGUUUCACAUAGUUCUACAAUUCAAGACAAAUUGUCCAACAAUUUGAGUCUUUCUUCUUCUCAAAACACAACAGAAACAUCUGAAACAGUUGUCCAAACAGCACCAGAACAAGUUUCACAUAGUUCUACAAUUCAAGACAAAUUGUCCAACAAUUUGAGUUCUUCUUCUUCUCAAAACACAACAGGAACAUCUGAAACAGUUGUCCAACAGCACCAGAAACAAGUUUCACAUAGUUCUACAAUUCAAGACAAAUUGUCCAACAAUUUGAGUUCUCUUCUUCUCAAAACACAACAGAAACAUCUGAAACAGUUGUCCAAACAGCACCAGAACAAGUUUCACAUAGUUCUACAAUUCAAGACAAAUUGUCCAACAAUUUGA